AUGGCAGCUUAUGCAGCUCUGGUUUCUGUGAUGAACAUCAUUGAGCAGAUGAUGAGCCAUCCUCGCCUUUCAACUGUAUUCGACAAGAAACAGAUUGAAUCCCUUGGGGAAAAGGCUGAUGGCUUGCUCGACUUGAUAACCAACCCUACUAUUGAUGGAGGUAGCAAAGAAGCAUCAGAUCUGGAGAGACAAAUCGCAUCUGCAGCUCACGCAGCUGAAGAUGUGAUUGAAUCACACAUUGUCGAUCAAAUUCAUGCUGAGAAGAAGCAAGCACGGACCAAGUUCAUGCUGCGGCGCUGGCAAGGGAGAAAUCGACCCAGUCAUAAAUGCUCGUUGUCGGAUCUGCAACAAAUAAUUGAAGAAAUGGAUGGUAUCAUGAGAAAGGGUGCUGAGCUCAAGGAGAAAUGGCUAGCGAGAGAGGAGCAAGCUACACAUGGUGACAUGGAUGUUGUGGAGGAGAAACAACCUCUCACCACCACCACCGGAAAGGCUUCUCCGGUGGGACUCGAAGACGACGUGAUCCACAUCAUGGACAAGCUCACCAUACAUCAACCCAAGCAGCAAAUCAUCUCGAUUGUUGGGAUGGGCGGCACGGGUAAGACCACGCUUGCUCUAAAUGUUUAUGAAAAUUCAUUCAUCAAGGAACACUUUCACAUUCGUGCUUGGGCAACUGUAUCUCAACAAUACAGUGCAAAAGAAAUCUUUUCAAAACUUCUCUCUAGCAUAGGGCAAAGUGGAAGUGAAAAUGAUUUAGGGCUAAAGUUGCAUCAGACUUUAUGUGGUAGAAGAUAUCUGAUUGUAUUAGAUGACAUAUGGAGUGUCGAAGCUUGGGAUGAGGUGAGGCGUUACUUUCCCGAUAAUGGGAAUGGAAGUCGGAUCAUUUUAACUACUAGGUUGUCGGAUGUGGCUAGUGAUUGUGGCUCUACUUCUUGCAUCACCAUGAAACCUUUGAAAAAGGAUCAAAGUUGGGUGUUGUUUUGCAGAAACGCUUUCCAGCAAGAACAUUGCCCUUGUCAUCAACUAGAAAGUGUGGGAAAUGAGAUUGUUAGAUUGUGCAGAGGACUACCCUUGUCAAUUGUUGUGAUUGGAGGGUUUCUUCUCAAAUCGCCUAGGAUUGUAGGAUUCUGGGAGGAUGUUGCCGAGAAUAUAAAAUCAAUCCCCAAUUCAAUGGAGAAGCAAGAGAUCUUAGAUGUGUUAUCUUUAAGCUAUAAUCACUUGCCCCCUCAUCUGAAACCAUGUUUUCUUUAUAUGGGGAUUUUCCGGGAGGACCAUGAGAUUCGUGCAUCACGAAUCAUCAAACUUUGGGUUGCUGAAGGAUUUAUCAAACCGAAGAGAGCUCAAAUGUUAGAAGAGAUUGCAGAGGGGUACUUGAAAGACUUAGUCGACAGGAAUCUUGUUCUUGUUGGCAGACAUCGAUCUAAUGGGAAGAUUAGGUCUUGUCGACUUCACGAUCUGAUAAGAGAUCUGUGCUUGAAAGUCUCUGAGAAAGACAAGUUCUUCUAUCACUAUGUCAAAAGGUCACUCGACAACAUGACUAAGAAGCGUCGCCCCAUCGAUCGGAUAAGAGAUCUGUUCCUCAAAGUCUCUGAGAAAGACAAGUUCUUCUAUGCCAAAGGGGCACUCGACAACAUGACUAAGGAGCGUCGCUUCAUAUGUCAUGACUUCAUCAAGAGUGAUGAUGUUCCUGAGAUGUCUGAUGCUCUGAAAUCAGCGCAGCUUCUUCGUUCUCUAGUAUGCAGAGGGUUCAAGCUGCCGGUUGUGUUCAAGUUAUUGAGAGUUUUGACUGUGGCUAGCGACUGUUUCGCGGUAAAUAUAAUGCAGAACUUGAACCUGCGGUGCCUUACUUUCCAAUCUCCGUUCUCCUUGGUGAGGCUUCCUUCUUCAAUAUCCUUCAUUUGGAACCUGCAAACAUUGACAAUUGAUGCGAGACUUAUUGCACCAAUUGAAAUUUGGAGCUUGUCACAACUUAGGCAUGUGGAGUGCAAACGGAUUUAUCUUCCCCAUCCUCCUCCUCCUCCAAAUGACUGUGUUGUCAUGGGAAACUUACAGACACUGAUAAAAACAGUAAAUUUGAGGUUGAGUGAGGAGGUGUGUAAGAGAAUUCCCAACACCAACAAAUUGCAUCUAAUCUACGAUGAUGAGUUGGAGGGAUAUGAUGAUUGCUUGUUAGACCAUCUCCACAAUCUUGGCAGCCUACAUAAACUUCAAUCACUAAAGCUAGUUUCCACCUUUCCUUACCGAUCCUCAUGCAAUGCAGAUCAGCUCAAGUGUGCAUUUCCGUUAUCUCUGAAGAAGCUGUCACUCACAAACUGCAGUCUUGACUGGAAUGAUCUAGCAAUCAUCGGUUCUUUGCCCCAAUUAGAAGUUCUCGAGCUAGUUGAUUCCGUCAAGGGACAGAAGUGGAGUCCGGUUAACGGGGAGUUUCUCAGCCUUAGAUUCUUGAGCAUUGACAGUUGUGAUCUGAGAUGUUGGGAUGCAGACAGCUCCCAUUUCCCAGUUUUGAAGAAGCUUAGGCUUAAGAGAUUGAUGUACUUGGAAGAGAUCCCUUUGGAUAUUGGAGAAAUUCCAACGCUUGAAAUUAUCAGUGUGGUUGAAUGCUGUGAGUCUGCUGAAAUUUCGGCGAUGAAAAUAAAGGAAGAACAAGAGAGUCUAGGAAAUGAGGGCCUUCAAGUUCGAAUUAUGAAUGCAGCCUGGAGAUUUCUUAAUGAACGGUCGUUAGAUUAUCUCUACGAUUAG